AUGCCAGAGCAAAACUUCAGGCGAGCCUCUCGCCCUCCUCCGUCAUCUCUCCGCAAGGCACCUCUCCCUCCAUCAACGACGACAACAGCCCCGACCCCGGGACUCAAGAGCAAACCCCUCAUCUACGCCAUAUGCAUCGCCUCGAUAGUAGCCGCGGGCGCUGUCGCCGGAGCAAUGUUAAAAAUGGACCGAGAGCAAGCAGCCGCGAAGGUCAAGCAGCAGGAAUAUAGGGAGCAGCUAUUGCAGCAAGAAGAAGCAGUAUCCUCAUCCUCGACGUCCGACGUUAAGGAUUCAGCACCGGCAACCGCGAGCGUGACGGAAAUGGAUUACCGCAAGCCUAUUGAAUCUCUAGAGGGUCGGCGCGGCCAGCUCCUGUUGCAGAAAAUGCAGUUUGAGCGCAAAAUUGCGGCGUUGAAGGAGAGUCAGGCACGGCAGAGGGAGAUGGAGAAAUUAAAAGCUUUAGGUAAAGAGCAGGGUGCAGCUAAUCCGGCAGCGGCGCCGGGGGAGCAACAGGUGCGCUGA